AGGAGUCCUGGCCCCCAGCCCCCACUCCCCUCCCAGAGCAGGGAGAGAACCCAGGAGUCCUGGCUCCUGGCCCUUGUCAUGUGACCAGGCCCAUGCCGGCUUCGGCCAGUUCCGGGUGCGUUGCUAGGCAACUGGGCUUCGGUUGCCAGGGCGCCUGCCUGGCCUGCCAGGUCCCAGUGCAAACCAGUCAGCCCAGCAUGGAUCAGUACAGCAUCCUGGGCAGGAUCGGGGAAGGCGCCCACGGCAUCGUCUUCAAAGCCAAGAACGUAGAGACAGGGGAGACUGUGGCAUUGAAGAAGGUCGCUCUGCGGAGACUGGAGGACGGGAUCCCGAACCAGGCGCUGCGGGAGAUCAAAGCACUACAGGAGAUUGAGGAGAAUCAGCAUGUGAGUGGGCAGCAGGGGAGCCAGAACUCCUGGCUUCUCUCCGUGGUUCUGGGAGGAGAGAGGGGUUUAGUGAGGUCCGGGCGAGGUGACCUCUUAGGGUCCCUUCCAGCCCUACAGCACUGGGGUCUGUGAUGGCAGAGCCACAGUGUUGGGGGUCAGAAAUAGAGACCCCAGGGUCUAUUUCUCCGUGUCCGCUUCCACUGCUUGGCCUGCAGCCACCCUAUCCUCCUGUCUCUGGGUUGCUCCCUUCUUUCUUUCGUUCUUGUUCUCUUGUUUCUUU